GUCUCUGAAUAUUUUUGUUGUUGUUGAAUUUCAAGAAAAAGAGUCUAACUAGCAAACUUUGCCGGUAAAUAGAACAAUUUUAUCAUUCGUAUUUUGAUUCUAAUUGCACCCGAACAAGUGAAGAUAAGAAUUAAAAACCGAAUGAAACAUCGCUUUUUUUUUACCGCGAAAUAUUUCGCAAUUUUUUUUAUGGGGCCUUGCCCGGCCAGAAGCCUGGUAUCUAGCAGAGAGUGUUCAGGAACAUGGCGGACACAGAGAUGAAAUCCGGCGAAGAAAAACCAGAAGCGAUGGAAAUAGAACCGGAAAACUCUCCAGAGGAAGAGCAAGACAAAGUCAAAUUAGCGGAAGCAAAAAAGGCUGAGGGCAAUCGCGAAUAUGGAUUAAAGAAUUACGUUUCAGCCAUCGCGCUGUACUCUAAAGCUAUAGAGUUUGCACCUCAUGUAGCCACAUUUUAUGGGAACCGCUCAGCUGCUUACAUGAUGAUUUCAAAUUAUGACAAAGCAUUGGAGGAUGCUUUACUAUCCAUUGAAAUUGAUAAUAACUUUGUCAAAGGACAUUACCGAGCUGCUAAAUGCCACUUGGCCAUGGGCUCCGCAAGUAAUGCUUUGCGGGAGAUCAGAAAAGUCUUGGAACUUGACCCAAAGAAUAAAGAUGCUCGAGCUGAUAUGAAAUCUGCCAAGAUGGUGCAAGACUUUGAGUCAUCAGCUUUAGAAGCCUAUGAUAAGAAGGAUUAUAGAAAGGUGGUAUUCUGCAUGAGGAAUAUUUUAGAUGUUUGCCCUGCUGCAACUUUCUUCAAAGUGAUGAAGGCUGAGGCUUUAGCUUUAAUGGAAAAGUACAGUGAUGCAGAACUAGAAGCUACAGAGUUGUUACGGAAGGACCCGAGUAACAUUGAUGCUCUAUAUGUCAGAGGUUUAUGUCUGUAUUAUCAGGACAAUGUGGACAAAGCGUAUCAGCAUUUUAUCCAAGUUAUGAAGAAAGACCCUGAUCACAAAAAGGCCAGAAUGAUAUUAAGGAAAGCUAAAUCGCUACAGGCAAAGAAGCAAGAAGGGAAUGAUGCAUUUACUGGUGGGCAUUACCAGAAGGCAUAUGAACUGUACACAGAGGCUUUAGAAAUUGACCCCAAGAAUAAGUCAACCAAUGCAAAGCUUUACUAUAACAGAGCUGUGGUGGGAUCAAAGCUUGGUAAAAAUGAUCAAGCAAUUGAAGACUGCACUCAAGCCAUGAAUCUUGACCACACUUAUACCAAGGCAUACCUUAAGAGAGCUAACUGUUACAUGGAAUCAGAAAAAUAUGAAGAAGCAGUCAGGGACUAUGAAUCGCUCUGCAAGAAGGACCGCUCUUCGAGAGAAUUUAGAAGAUUAUUGGAAAAAGCUAAAUUAGAAUUAAAAAAGAGCAAAAGAAAAGAUUACUACAAAAUAUUGAACAUUUCUAAAACUGCAAGUGAGGAUGAGAUAAAAAAAGCUUACAAGAAGGAAGCUCUCAAACACCAUCCAGAUCGACAUUCAGGGGCAUCAGAUGAACAGAAGAAAAUUGCUGAGAAACAAUUUAAAGAGGUCAAUGAGGCAUACAGUAUCUUAUCUGACCCCAAGAAGAAAAGGCGUUAUGACAGCGGCCAGGACUUGGAAGAAGGCUACGGCAUGGAUGACUUUGACCCGAACUCUAUAUUCCAAGCAUUCUUUGGAGGCCCUGGCGGCUUUGCAUUUAACUUUGGUGGCCCAGGGGGUGCCACCUACCAACAGAGUGAUGGAUUCCCUGGUGGCGGCAACUUCCGCUUCACCUUCGGUUAAAUUCAACCAAUCAAACCGCUACUCGCGCAUCCAAUCCCGAAUCAUUUUCUACCGACGUCAUGUCACGUGGUAGGCAGCAUGCGCUGUUCACGUGGCCAUGUUGCAGUCACAGAAAAGGCCUGGCUGUGCAAUGUGGCUCGAUGGCGCGCGUAUUCACAAACUCUCGUUGCAUCCUACAGAUUUGAGCUAUAAAAAUUUGAUACUACUGGAAUGGGGGGGGGGGGCAUUUUAAUUUUUUUUUGCGUGGCGUUACUCUAUUUUGUACAGAAUAUUAGGGUUUUCCAUCCACUAGAGCUAGAAACCACACUUAGUCCAUUACCGAGAGAAGAUAAUGUAAGAGAGCGUACGGCUUGUUGUAAAUCAGUUGCAUGUUUUUAUUCGGCAGUCAAUAAAUAAUACAUUUUAAUAUG